AUGCAACUACUAUUUGCUACCGUUCUUGCCCUCGUAUGCAUAUCGACUGUUGUCGCCAGGCAGGAAACAAAUGCCGAACGGUUGGCCCGAGGACUGACGCCGUUGCCACCGAGAUUCCGCUCGAUAUUGCCAGGUUUUCUGCCUACUCGGUCGUAUGGCGCCAAGCGGAGUGCUGUAUCGCCACAACCGCCUUCUCCCCCGAAUACGUACUCUGGUAUGAUACAAGUGCGCAACAGUGAGGGCAGAAGUGUUGGAUACCUCAAGAAUUGGGCAAGCGUAUCGCCAAUCAAUGGCGUGAACUUUGGGAGCGAAGAAGAAGACCUUCAUGUUUCCUUCACCCUUCCGCCUGGGACGAAUGGUCCUUUCGAUAUUUUAGUGACGAACCCCAACUUCGAGAAGCCUCACUAUGCCGGUGUCUCGACCGGAUCAACUCCUGGAAGCCUCGCCGCUCAGAGAUCGAACACCAUAGCCUUCACCAAUGUUCCACAGACUCCACCCGGAUCGCCGCCCAUCCUCAGCAGUACAGUCUCGGCGUAUGUAGAGUCUUCUAUUUGGUUCUUUGACCGGGAAACGAAGGAAAUCACAGCUCAAUUCAUCAACCCCGAUGGGAGCAAGCCUCCAACCAUCUUCGCGUACAACAUUCGAAACAACCAGAUAUUCUUCGUUGGAGAUCUCGGUGCCUGGAACGCCGAACAUGCAAAUACACCGUCUUCCGCUGUGACUUUCCACCUUGAGGGGUUGUGA